AUGAAGUUCAUACAGACACUCUUGUCUUUAUAUCUUGUUAUAUUUUUCAGUUAUAAUAGAUUUUUUGCUUAUGGACAAUCAAAGCUUGCUAACAUACUACACGCUAAUGAGCUCGCAAGGCGCUUGAAGAACGAAGAAGGGGAGAUAACUGCUAAUUCGCUUCAUCCUGGGGCCAUUGCCACCAACAUCCUGCAUCACCACAACCUUAUUAAUGUCAUGCUUAAUUGCCUUGGUAAAUAUAAGCGAAAAAAUGUUCAACAGGGAGCGGCUACUACAUGUUAUCUGGCACUGCAUCCACAAGUAAAAGGGGUAAGUGGUGGGUAUUUUUCAGACAGUAAUGUUGCUAAACCGAGCUCUCUGGUUAAAGAUGCAGAAUUGGCAAAGAAACUGUGGGAUUUCAGUUUGAGCUUGACAGAACCCAAGUAG